AUGACUCAUUGGAUUGGUUAUAUUGAUGGACCAGAGGAAACACCAUUUGCUGGUGGAAGAUUUCAUCUCAAUAUUAAUUUUCCAGCAGAGUUUCCAUUCAAACCACCACAUAUUCGAUUUAUUACAUCAAUUUAUCAUCCAAAUAUUAGUAUAGAAGCAGAUCCCAAUGUUGAACAUGGAUUGAAUAGAGACGCAUUGAAACUUUGUCAAACGGAUAAGCAAAAAUAUGAAGACAUAGCAAUAGAAUGGACAAGAAAGCAUGCUGAUAAUCGUCAAAGCCUCAAGUGGUGA